AUGAGUCAAAAGGGAAAGAAAUCAACUACCACCGCCACUCCAAAGGCUGUAGUAGAGGAACAGGUUAAUGUAAAGAAGACUAAGACUACAACAGCUGCUGCUGCUGCCCCAGCAUCUCCAGCUCCAACACAGACAAAGAAGAAGGCUGCUGUUGCUCCAGCUGAGCCAAAAUCAACUACACCAACAAAGUCAAACACAGCUCCAGCCAAGAAGCAGACUACUACACCAGUCGACGCUCCAGCCAAGGCUGCCGCAAAGUCUCCUUCAAAGCCAGCUGCUAAGGCUGCUGCCAAGGCUGCUCCAGUUGUUGCACCAGUCGUUGCAGCUUCCCCAGCCAAGCCAACUGCUAAGGCUGCUGCCAAGGCCCCAGCAAAGCCAGCUGCCAAGGCUGUUGCCAAGGCUGCUGCUACUACAAAGGCCACGCCAGCACCAAAGAACAAACAGACAUCAAAGAAGCAGGUUCAAGAGGAAGUUGUGGAGGAGGAUGAUGAGGAGCUUGAGGAGCUGGAUGAUGAAGAGAUGGCUGCUUUGGAGAAGGAGUUUGGACUCGACAAGGAUGACGAUGAUGUAGAGCUGGACGACGAUCAAGAGGAGGACGAGGAUUUGGACGAUGAUGAGAUUGCUGCUUUGAUGGCCGAUGAUGGUGAUGACGAUGAUGAUGACGAGAUCCAAGACGAUGAAAGUGAUGAUGAUGAGGAGGUUGACGAUAUGGUCGAGGAGCAGAGCAAAGUUGAUGUUUUCGCCAACUCUACAGAGAUGAUCAAGCUUGGAAAGAAGAGAAAGGCAACAGCAGUCAGCAGCACAGAGGGUCAGGUCCAGAAGAAGAUCAAAGAAUCAAAAGAGGAUCCAGAGAAGAUUAUUUAUAUUGGACAUCUGCCGCAUGGUUUCUUUGAGGACCAGAUCAGAAGCUACUUUGCUCAGUUUGGAAAGGUGUUGGCCGUUAAGGUGGCCAGGAACCCAAAGAGCCUUCAAUCACAAGGCUACGCCUUUGUAAAGUUUGACGACAGGGAGGUGGCCAAGGUUGCCGCCGAGACCAUGAAUGGAUAUAUUAUGUUCAAGAAGAGAAUGAUCUGCAAGGUCACCCAGUCAGUGCCAUCCAAUCUCAGAUGGUUCCAGACCAAAUCAUCAAAGAAGGUCGUCAAGCAAGUUGCUGGAAAGCAGGCACCAAUCGAAACAAUCAACAAGCGUACCAACCAGAACAAGGCAAAGUUGGCCAAGCUGGGUAUUAACUACACUUUCCCAACUCCAGUUAUCGCCAGCAAGUCUAAAUAA